AUGUCUACUACUACUACUUCUGCUGCUUCUGAUGAAAAGCCUGCUAUCCUCAAGUGGGCUUCCAAUGAUGGUGAGUUCAGACGCCAACAAUCCACUUUCCGUGACACAAUUGAAGCCGAUCCUAAUGCAAAGUUUGCUGCUGAACCUGAUCGUUACCAUUUGUAUAUUUCUUGGGCUUGUCCUUGGGCCCACCGUACCGCUCUUGUGCGUCAACUCAAGGGAUUAGACAAGUUGAUCGGCCUCUCUGUUGUCGACUACUUGAUGUUGGAUAAGGGAUGGAAGUUCUCUACUGCUGAAGAAUGCCCCGGCGCUAUCCCUGACACUAUCAACAAUGCUCAACACAUCCGUGAUCUCUACUUUAAGGUAAAUCCCAACUAUGAAGGCCGUUUCACUGUGCCUGUCUUAUGGGACAAGAAGCUCGAGACUAUUGUCAACAACGAAAGUUCAGAAAUCAUUCGUAUGUUCAAUACUGCAUUCGACCAAUAUUUGGACAAGGAGCACGCUGAACGUAACUACUAUCCCGAGUCUCUUCGCAAGGAAAUCGAUGAAAAUAACGAAUGGAUUUACGACACCAUCAAUAACGGUGUUUACAAGUCUGGUUUCGCCACAACUCAAGCUGCUUAUGAAAAGAACGUGUAUCCUUUGUUCAAGUCUCUGGAUCGCGUUGAAAAGAUGCUCCAAGGAAAAAAGUUCUUGAUCCAAGAUACUUUCACUGAGGCUGAUAUCCGUCUUUUCACUACCAUUGUCAGAUUUGAUCCCGUUUACUUUGGACAUUUCAAGUGCAAUAUUGGCAGCAUUGAGCACAACUAUCCCAACAUUUUGAAAUGGGCUCGUCGUAUUUAUCAAAUGCCUGGCGUCAAGGAAACCGUAAACAUGGAUCACAUCAAGGGCCACUACUACAUGUCUCAUAGACAAAUCAACCCCACUCAAGUUGUUCCUGUUGGAAAUGGCCCUGAUCUUGAUGUUCCUGUUGACCAAUAA